AUGGCUUCUAAAAUUGGCCCCAGGACCGUCAAGGACGCCACCCGCUUUACGUCCACAGUUCCCCACGCAACCUCCAAAACCGUCCAAAGAACAGCGCGCAUCCCAGGCGAGACACCCGAGCAGCGCGUGAGGAGACUGCGUCAGGCUCACUUGGCCGCUCAGAAUGCUCAGGUUAGCAAGGCCGAUAGGAUCAUUGAUGCGGGAAGGAGAUUCUUCGAUGUUGCGCAUCGAUGGACUGUAGGAGGCAUUGUGACAUUCACAGUUGUCGCUGGUGUUGUCUCCGUAUACUCUGUUUGGGACAUGGUACAAUAUAACCGAGCCCGCCGCGCCGAAUGGAUCGAAGCCCAGAAGCGACUCGAAGCCGAUGAGCUCGCCAUGGCCCGUCUUGCUUAUAUCAAGGGCGAAGCUACCGAGGACCAGAUCCUUCUCGUCGAGGAGGCCAACCAAGCAGCCGAAGCACGAGGCGAGAAGCUACCACCCCUGCUCGCUGCUCCCGAGCACCGCACACAUUUCGAGGAGAACAUCAAGCCCACAUUCCAGGGCAAGACCGAAGAGAGCGCUACAAAGACAUCAAGUGGAAAGGGUGUGUUAGGAGUUUUCUCCGGUGUGUUAGGAGGUGGAUCGAAGAAGGAGGAGGUUAAGGAAGAAGCAACACAGGGAUUGGCAGAGGCACAGACACAGUUGACGAAGUUGGCCGCUGACGGCAAGGAGAAGUUGGACCAAGUGAUCCAAGCGGAGCGGGAGAACCAACAAAGAGGAGGCCCUCUAGACCAGCUAGGCACACAGCCCGCGGCUUCUGGCAAGUCAUGGUGGAAGUUCUGGUGA